AUGUUCGCUCUAGCCGCUGUCUUUGCCUUUGGCUCGUACCACCUCACCGCCGAGCCGUCCACGCACUGGGGCUGCGCGGACCUGUGUGGGCCGAACGCUACUCUCGCGUGCGUGCAAAGCUCGGAGGAAAACGAGCAUGUGGCGCGCCUUGCCGCCGAUGCCGGCGCGAUCCACUUCUGGAUCGGCAACUACCAGCGGCCCGCCGGAGCGAAGCCCGGCGGCGGCUGGGACGUGUGCCAGUCCGGCGAGACGGCAAACUUUGUCAAAUGGGACGUCAAAUUGUCAACGCCAAACGAUUUGCGUGGCGCAGAGGAGUGCGCUGCUGUCGGCAACGAUGGGUUGUGGAACGACCUCCAUUGCUAUCUGGAGCUCCCCUGCCUCUGCAAGUCUGGCGCCGACCCCUCCCCAGAGUACUCGGCCUUCGCGGCGGUGGAGCGCGAGCGGGACAAGUCCCUUCGCGCUGCGGCCCUCGUCCUGCACUGCAUGGCUCUCACUCUCUGCUCUGUCUUUUCCGGGCUCAGCCUGAUCUGGGCACUCGUCUGCAUUUUCCGAGACAUGCGGCGAAUGGAUGAGCAGUCCGCAGGUGCGGGCCUAGAGAUGGUGCAGAGCGACGCGGGACUUGGUCCGCACGACCAGCGGGUGCACGCCUCGCUCCUUUCUCGCGACCUCAUGCUGCUCCGCUGCAGCUGGCUGCGCUCGCGCCCACGCGGCUAUGUGCUGCCGCGCCGGCAGGACCUGCCAUCAGAGGCGCUGCUUUCGCCCGAGGAGGCGGCCGCGCUCUUUGCUCGGCAGGACCGCAGCGCGUGUGCGCUCACCUAG